AUGGUCGAUCCGCCGCCGCUCGACGAAGCAUUGGUUACAUUUCUUUUGGCUCUCGUCGGCCGCUUCUUAAACCAGGCACACAUCAUUGAAGAAGCAAACGACCAAAACAUGUCGACGCCAUCAGAAUACCCAAUAGAGACCCUUGCAUCUGCUGCCAAUAUCGAUCCAAAGACGCUAGCAUUGAUUGUGGAUAUCUACAAAACGGCAGGACGAGUGCUUUAUUACGUCAGUGCGAGCAAUUGGUCGACUUACUACUCAAAAAUCAAGAACGCCGUCCAUAUUCUGGGUGCUAUGGGCGAAGGCUCGGAACUGAAUCCUCCUGAGAUCCGGAUGCUCGAAUGCAGCUGUUUGACUCGUCAACGUAUUCACACUGUAUUAUCCGAGCUCAGUCCAUAUUUUUUGCACAUGAAGAGACAAGGCAAACUGCUGUUCUCCAAAAUGAUGCGAAGGGCCAUAUGGAGGUGGAUCGAAACAUACCCUGCCCAAUUCGCUGAAGUGUGUGCUAGCGACAAUCGGUUGCUCGGCGGUUCUGAAAUCCUAUUCGACAUGUGUAGUUCUACGGCAGACAAUCCAAGAAAAAAGGCUAUUUUAUGGCCCUUGCAGACGAUUCUCUUGGUGUUGUCUCAAGAUCUAUUGCUGCAGGCAUUUUUGGAUAACCCAUCAUCUCAAAACCGAAGAACAAGUUUUCUUGGUGUAUUGAGAAAAUCAUUACGCACGUCAAAGACAGCAGAUAUAGCAGCGAUGUGCUAUGUGGAUCUUUGCAAAGCUGCUACCUACGUCCCUCCCACUGACGACUGUGUUCUCCGCCACAUUGCCGCUGAUAUAGAGGACGAUUUACAAGAAAAAGUAUGGGACUUUUCGCGCAAUGUAGCACACGAUGCUGCGGCCACUGCCAGUCUCGGCUACACCAUCAACCAUCAAGCGCUCGUUACCGACUACCUGCUAGCACGACUGCGGCUGGAUCCUGAGGUCGCUCUUCAACAUAUUGUGCCGCAAGUUCUGGAUGAAAGCGUACCAAUCACUUUUAAAAUAGCACUUGUCAAGUCCUGCUUGGAAAUUGCACGCGACGAAAACCGACUACCAUGGAACCCGUCCAUUCAAUCCAUGUAUAGCUCCUUGUGCACACCUUUACGCAAGCUCUUUUUGCAAGCCAUGAAUCAAGAGCUCAUGUCCAAAGAUGGAGGGGCACAAGCAUCCGCGCCCAAAAAGGUGAUGACGGGUCCUGACGGCAGAGUGAUUGUUCGUGCUACGCCAUCCGUUGCCCAAAGCCGAAUCGAACUAUUGCAAGACCUAUUGCGCCUUUUCCGAGUCGAUCCAUUGUUAGCAUUAUUGGGUAGCGACAAUGAUGCGGUAGAGGAUAACUCUGCAAUUAUGAUCGGCAUGGCGAACUUGUUCCAACACUAUGAUCAAGGUAUCCGGCAACUGGCUAGUGAAUGUCUAUCCAAGCUCCAUUUGUCAGACAACAUUGUACGCUGGGGACCCGAGUCGAAAACCAUGAUCAACUUUUGGCGCAUCUCAUCCAAGGUUGUGUUUGUGCUCGCCAAGCAGAUCCUAGACAACAAGCAGGGCGAAGAAGGAUUGAAAUCUUUGUUGACCCUUUUGAUAAAGUUACUAUCUGCACGUAAUGAGUUUUUGGGCAACAACCAGGUAAGUCUAGGGAAUAUAGUAACCAAAGAGAGGGCUGAUGCACGGGAGCGAUUACAGGCCUCUGUGGCCCUUGAGAUAGCUCUGUUGGUCUCGUUGUGUUGGCCAAAUCCAGAUGUAUGCUCGGACGCCAUCCGGUGCCUGGGAUAUUUGUGCGACGAAGCUGGUCUCGCAGACGAAGAUGAAGAUCCUCAGCAGGGCCAGAUUACGCUUAUCUGCAACUUGCCAGUAUACUGCGACUUGGCAUCGGAGGACUCUGUCUUUUUGGGACGCAAGGCUCAACAAAAGCGGAUUCGCAAGUAUAUGCGUUUGAUUACACGACAUACACCAGGCAACCUUGCAGCAUGGGAAGAGGCGUGGAAACGAUGGAAAGUCUUGACCCAAAUGCUCGGUCGUCUUGGCGAAGAAGCUGCUGUAGAAGAAACCACGACAGAUUUAAACCAACCGGGCAACUUGAAAAAACCAAAGCAACGCACCACACAAACAGUACAACCUGUACCAAAACCAGCGGCACCAGCCAUAAACCGCCUUGAAAUGGAUGACGAAAAGCAGAUGUUGUGGCAAAACUAUACCGGCUUCCUUGCAGCACUUGGUGGGUGCUGUCUAGCAUCCGAAGCAGAGAAUAAUAAUAUCAACAACAGAGGUAUCGCCGCAGCCUCCUCCGACCAGCAACGACGCGCAUCUUCGCCCAGCGAGUCUAAUACCCUAGUUGAUUCAUUCGUGGGUGAAAUGACCAACCUGUUGAUAUCCGACAAUGUGUUCAUUCGGGAAGGCGUCAAAGAAAUCCUUGGUACGGAUUUGUCGCCUACGUUAUACGCCAUUCUUUUCCGUCACCUUGAACGAGUUAUGACCCGGUCCUUUGGCUCCGACAAUGAGCCCAUUUGCAGCGCACGAAAUACUCUGUUUGUCGAACAAGCCGUGCUUGUCCUCAAGCUGAUCUUGGAUCGACUUGUAGACCCAGGAGAUGUCUUGUUGAGCAUAGACUUUAGCACAUUGAUUUACCAAUUUGCCAAAUACCUCAAUAAGCUACCCAACAGCUUCAAUACCCUCCGAAUCAAGAUCAAAAUGUGCCACCUGGUCGAGACAUUGAUGCAAAAGAAGGAACAAAUCGUUGUCCGUGACGAAAUGCGGUUGCGCAACAGACUGCUUGAAAUGAUUGUCGAGUGGACAAGCGAUUUUGCAUUGCCCGAGAUCAAAACAAGCUAUGUCGCACAAGAUACAUCCCAGAACGAAAAGCUGCACCGCGACCUGGACCAUGCUUGCUUGAAAGCGAUUGUAGCCAUCCUGAAUCAAUUGCCUUUGCAAAGUUCUGAGCCUGUCCGAGAAGCAGACAGCAAUCAAGUCAAGACUAAAACGUCUGAAAAUUAUCAAGAUUGGGCGCCACUCAAAGAUUAUACCAUCUUGGCCAUGUCCAAUUUGCUCAGUGCAAACGUGGAUGCUGGUUUGAAAUACUCGCUUGCCAUGGGAUACCACGAAGACACGAGAACGCGCACAGCAUUCAUGCAAGUGUUGACCAAUAUUCUCAAUCAAGGUGCUGAGUUUGAGACACUUGCCGAAAGCGUCAUGACAGAUCGCUAUGAAAAGCUGAUUGACAUGCUGGUAGAAGCGGAUAUGGACGUAGCGCUGGCCCUGUGCGAUGUCUGUCCUUCAGGAGAUGCUGCCGGUGUUGCCGAAACCUUGUUGAUUUGCUUCGAGUCGCGCGACAAGUCAACUUCGUUGCUUAAGGCUGUCAUUGAAAAGGAAGUGGCAUCGACUGAACAAGAAGCAACAUUGUUUCGCAGUACAACGAUGGCAACUCGACUUUUGUCCGUCUUUGCCAAGUUGGUGUGCCACGACUAUGUGCGACUCACGUUACAGCCUGCUAUGGAAGCAAUCAAUGCGUUACCGGAUGAGCAAACUACUUGGGAGUUGGAUCCUCAAAAACUCGGCCCUGAUGAUGAUCUAAUGUGCAACAAGCAAAACGUUAUUCGAGCCGCAGAGAUUCUUUUGAAUGCCAUUUGUUCGUCUGCAGCCAAUGCUCCUCCUUCUUUCCGCGAGGAGCUGUCGCUCAUUGCUGAUGCAGUAUGCAAACGCUUCUCUGAGGCCAAGAACACUGCCGUUGGCGGCUUCGUCUUUUUGCGACUCUUCGGUCCUGCGAUUGUUACGCCAGAUAGUGCAGGCUUCUCCAAACAGGCAACGCCGAGAAACAAAAACGUGCGCAAACUGCAGCUCCAAGCAACGCGUGUCAUGCAGAACUUGGCCAACAAUGUGCUCUUCGGUGCCAAGGAAACCCACAUGAUUGUCCUGAACGAUUUCUUGACCGACAACAUUUACAAGGUCACCAGCUUCCUCCGGGAAAUCUCGACGCAGAGUAAAAAGAGCGAACAAAAAGAGAACACUGGCGCGUUCCGGAUGGAUCAAAAGGGUUAUAUGCGACUGCACCGGUAUUUGUUUGAGAAUCUCGAGCGCAUGUCCCGCGAACUGGCGAGUCGCAAAGUAAAAGGCGCUACAGACACACAGUCGAUGCUCGAGUGGAAGAAGACAGUAGAUCGUCUGUCAACAUUGAUUGCACAGCUGGGUCGACCGAGCGAUACUUCCAACAAUGACCUCUCGCUCUCGCGCAAUUAUGCUUUGGCCAAUAGCAAUCAUUAUUACAGUGAAUUCAUCCGACGAAAUUGCCAUCGUGAUUUGUCAAAGAUUAGCUCUAAAAAUAUCGUCUACCAAGCCGGUACAUCACGUGGAGGUCGUCCCAUCUUUUACGUCAUUAUAAGACAUUUGGAUCUGGAAACCACUGACUAUGAAUUGCUUAUCUACUACAUGCUUCGGGUGAUGGAACCAUAUCUCAACCGCCCAUUCGAGCUUAUGUUUGACUUGACUGGUUUGAAUCCAUUCAAUGAAAUCCCGGUCCACUGGCUGAAUCAGUUCUUCCAGCUCAUCUUUAGUGAAAUGAACGACUAUCUUGUUGCCAUUUACAUGUAUAAUCCAAGCAAUUACCUGCAGCGCUACGUUGCACGAUUACCACGACUUCUAAUCAACAAACUGAUCAAACGAGUCCAUUUUGCCACGACACUUGCUGAUUUGCAUGAACGUAUUGCACCUUCAGAAAUCCACUUGCCCAAGGAAACAGUCGAUCUGGAAAAGGCACCAAGCACCACGUUCUUCCCUGUUACACGCAUGAAUAGUUUAAAGUCAUCGACCCCGGUGACAAUCAAGGUUUCACAAGAAUAUUUGCAGAUCAUCACUGUGCGAAAGCAGGAAAUCUAUUACAAUAUUUAUACUAUUUACAAUGACGUAUAUCACAUUUCCGAGAUUGAAGAUAUGACGCCGCUUCCAAAUUCCAAGCACGAAAACGGUGGUGAUCUGAUGCUCAAGGUUGACAGAGGCAAAACAACAGUGGUUCUAUCUGCUGCUAAGCGUGAUGCUAUCUUGGCUUUGCUCCGAUACAACAAGCACCGCUACGAAUCAUCUAAACCUGGCAACAUGAACGAGCGUGCAAUUCGACCAAAUGAUGUGCCUGGCCGAUUGCUGAAUAUGUCUUUGUUGAACAUUGGCAGUGAUGAUCCUGGUUUACGUCUUGCAGCGUACAACCUGCUAUAUGCUCUCAGUUUGACGUUCCGUUUUGAUGUUGGAAAUCAAUUACUGAACGCAAGAGAUUUAUGUAUACCCGCCAACAGCACAGAUUUCAUCGUCAGCAUCAGUGAAAGUUUGGCCUCCACAGAGCAACAUUUGACGCUUGAAUUUUUGAACGAGUGUUUAGUCGGUUUCAACAAGUCCAAUGAGCCCAUGCGACAGUUGUGUCUUGACUAUAUGGCACCAUGGCUUCGGAAUUUGGCCGUAUACAGCCGAAACAUUCCUGAUGAUCACAACAAAAGCCUGGCAAAGACCAAGGACGUGCUCGGAUUACUUAUUAAACUCACUGUGACCCGGACAGAUAUGUACAAGCAUGUACAAGCCAAGAUAUGGCGAACGUUAUCACGAGUCGACGACAUGGUCAAUUUGAUCAUAGAUGCAUUUGUCCAGUACUCGGUCGAGAAUGGCAUCGGAUCUCCACAAGCAGAAGCUAUGGCAGAUACUAUUGUGACCAUGUCAAGUAUUUCAGUUCGCGGUAAGGUGAUCAGCCGAAUGCGACGUGUGAUACAACGAACUUCCCUACGACCGUGUCGAAGCUUGACGGAGCAUCCUGCAUGGGUUGAAAUUGCGGUUCUGUUACGAUUUGUUCUUAUGCUUUCGUUCAACAACGUCGGACCUGGCAAACCAUACCUUCCCGAAAUAUUCCACAUUGUAUCACUGUUGGUUGGCACGGGGCCUACGCUUAUUCGUGCUUCUGUACACGAGCUCGUUGUUAAUAUCAUCCACACUCUUUGUACCGGCAUGCCACAAUCCGAGGAGAAUAUCAAAAAACUGCACUUUGUCCUAAACGAUGUCUGUGACAGCAAGAAUCGUGUGUAUUUCGGUCUGACCAAACCGCACGCGAAUGCGUUUACCAUCACACACGAAACAAUGACAGAUGUCUCGGAAACGGUCAAUUUAUCCUCCCUUGAAAGCAUCAUUCGUCUUUUACUGGAGGCACUAAGCAUCGGUGCACCCUCUAUUGAUGUUGCCAACAUGUGGCGAGCCCGAUGGAUGGGUCUAGUGACCAGCACAGCAUUCCAGUUCAACCCAGCCAUCCAGCCUCGUUCCUUUGUAGUACUUGGCUGCCUGGCACAAGACGAAGUAGACGAUGAUCUGAUAUACCAAAUCCUCGUGGCGCUGCGUGGCGCUUUGGCCAUUUUCAAUGAGACCGACUCCAGUCUUAUCGUGAGCAUCAUGAUGUGCUUAAGCAAUGUGAUUGACAAUCUGCCGGCAGAUUCACGGUACCUGCAGCCUUUGUUCUGGCUCGCCAUUGCACUUGUACAAAUGAGCCACCCAGCAACGUUUUCCCCAGCAGUAGAAUUCCUCCAAUCGGUGCUUCGUGCAUUGGACGCACACAAAUUGUUUGCCAAUAGACCGGUCGUGGACGUAUUGAUGGAUGCACGCGCGCCUUUGGGUGAGAUCGCCAAGGAACUCGAUAUUGCCAGUGGCGUCAGUUUCGAUACACAUUUUUCGUUUGCUGUGGCCGGCGUUCUACUCAAGGGCAUCAAGCACAGUAACCCCAAAGAUGUGGUGUUCCAGUGCCUGACAACGUUUUUGGAAAUUGAUUGUAAGCGGUCGUUGGAGCAAAAUGUCGUCGAGUCGCGAACUUUAGGAUACCUUGCCGGUUUAUUGCCACUCGCAGCAAAGAACAACGCGUUGCGUGAGUUAUUACGUUUGGCCGGUAUCAAUGACGUGGAUCUGGAUGGCUUGGAGUUUGGAUCGGCCUAUGUCCGCAUCUUUGAUACUCUAGAGAUACCCGACAACACGACGGCAUUAUUGUUGGUGUCGCUACUGGUGACGCUUCUCAAUUCUGCAGAAAACGAAUCUGAAAGAUUAUUCCUGUACAGCUUUUUGGCCGAAGCUGCUGUGUCUAUACCUGAAGUUUUCGCUUUAAUAUAUGAGAGCUUGCUCCCCAAGAUGAACCAGAUCGUUGUGAGCGGACAAAACUACGCGGUAAUUGAUGCGGUUAAGAAUAUCUUGAUGACCGCAUGCUCAGAGCCAGCAUUCAACUACUCGCUUAACCGACGUAGCCAAAAAGCAUAUCUCGACGAACUCGGAUUCUCUGCCCUUGGCGAUCCUACUUUUGGUGCAGCCAAGUCGAACGUAGCCAUGAGUGCACAGCUUGCCAGCAAGUUGCUGGAACGAAUCACAGAAUAA